AUGAUUUUUUAUUAUAAUGAAAAACUAAAUUUAUUUUUAGAAAGAUUGCUAAAGAUAAAAAAAGAAUUAUCUAGACGUGAAAAUAUUCUCAAUGUAAUAUUAAGUUAUUUUAAUAUUGAUUUAAAGAAGUUUAUGGAGAGUGAGAAAAAUUUAAAUACUAUACUUUAUGAAAUCGUUGAUGUUUUAAAUUUAUUUGAGAAAUGUUUGUAUCUUUUAAAUCAUGGAGAGUAUAAUUUAAGAGAUACAAAAAGAUCGGUAAAAAAUAUAAUUCCUGAAAUUAAAAAGAAAAUAUCGUUUUAUACGUUUUAUAAAAACGAUACAGUUUUAGAAAUGCUUAACGAGGUUGAAGAAAAAUUAAAAGAUUUUUUAAAAAAAAUCUUGAUUCUAAUAACUCUGUUAAUAAUUAAUUGA